AUGUUAGCCAUCAGUGCUUCAGAGGAGGAGCCUAUGGAGAUCGAGGAGAUGGACACCUGGGAGCCCAACUGGUGCUGGUUCUACCUGGCGGAGUGUGGUGUGUGGCACAUGUUCGAGGUUGACCCCAGUGCGGAGUGCUCUGUGACCAGUGCUCAGAUUGAGCAGUGCUACAGCAGGAACCAACGCGGCGUGAUGGAGUUCUACACGGCCAAGUACACCUACAGACUGAACUUUGCAGUGAUGCGACAGAUCAAUGUGACGACAGGGAAGCAGCGGCCAAUCAAACGGUCUUUCCACUCUGUGACUGGCUUCAGGUUUAUUUGUGAUAAUCUUGCUUUGCCUGUCCCCUGUCACUGGGAGAAAAUAAACACAGAUGAGCCCUACCAGCUCAUCCAGCUCGGCAGAGACACGCAUGAGUUCCAAGAAGUCGCCAAAUUGUACGCUAGGACAAUGGACUCUCCAAUCAAAUCCAUCCAGAGGAUUCAGAACCUGGACCUGUGGGAGUUCUUCUGCAGGAAGAAAACACAGUUGCGAAAGGUCAAACGUACGCUGGAUAUCGAGGAGCAAAUGUUGUUUCACGGCACCCCAUGCAGCAAUGUAAAAGCGAUAUGCAAGUUCAACUUUGACUGGCGGCUGACAGGACGCAACGGCGACGUCUACGGGAAAGGGACCUAUUUUGCACGGAAUGCCAAACAAUCCAGUAAGUACUGUCAAAUCCCGCUGACGCCCAAAAACAUCACUUCGACCAUCUUCCUGGCCAGAGUGCUCGUCGGCGAGUACACGCUCGGCCAUGCCAGGUACUGCAGGCCGCCCUCCAAGGACUCCAACUUCUCCAACUUUUUCGACAGCUGCGUGGACGACAUACACAACCCAAAGAUUUGUGUCAUUUUCGACAGCAAUCAGAUUUACCCGGAGUACCUGAUUGAGUUCUAG